AAUGAAACCGGAAGUUGCAAAGCAACACUCACGUUUGGGCUCGAGAUUCUAUCUAAGUUCGACUAGCUACUUUCGGUUCAUGUCCUUUGCUGAUACCACAUUCCUGACAAGUUUGUACAUAUAAAUAAUAUAUGUAAACGAGUAAAGGCAUACAUAAAGUAAGAAUUGAACGUGUAAAUGUUCAUUCAUAGUCGUAACAUAGGGUUUGUACGUUUACAAAUGUAAUUUAACGGUUACGUUUCAUGUUUCACGGAUCGCUUUUCUUACAAUCCUAACAAUUUCCCUAUGAUCAAUCUACUUGCACCCGCUGCAAAACACUCCUACCUUGGCGCCCGGGACAUAUUAAUCGAAUCCCCUCAAGAGUGCCACAAAUCCACGGAAGUUGAUUUGGGGAUUGUCUGGACUGACAAAAUCUGGACCAAUAAUAGACGUCUAUUUUUGGGCCAGGGCGGACAAUAUCUAAAGUUCAGGCAAAUAUGAUCAAAAUAUAGGAGUCCGAGCGUGCAUGUAGUGUCGUCUACGUAUUCUCCUCGAUCGACUGAUUUGCUCUAUCUAAUAGGGUCAACGACAAAUAAUAGCCAGGCUACUUUAUAAUAUGGACGUUUUCAAAUACCCUGUUUUCUUCGAGUGCCAGACUCUGGACCCACCACAGAAACAUAUGAUAAAAAGGUACUUUGGAAUUAAACGUAAAUCCGGUGGCGGAGAUUGUGGACCAGUAGAAUCAGUUGGUGACAAAGUCUACAAGAUCGCAUUUAUUGACCAGACAGUCCAGGAGAGGGUACUUCAGAAACCUAAUCAUGUUUUGGAGAUGCCUGGAGGACCUCUCUUCCUCACUCUGAGAGACAGCCUGGAGCCGCCACCCACAACAACCUCCCCAGUCAGCAGUCAGAGUCACCACUCCCUCACGGUCGAGACAUCUCCACCUGGUGGUCAAGAACAUGUACUCCAUCGUCUGAGCACAGGGAAGCAGGAGAAGAUCAGGACCACCUGUCAUCUGGGACAGGUCCAGCUCCUUCUUCUAGGUGAAGUGAUAGAGAAGGAUCUAGGGGAGGUUGUUCCAGGGGUGAAGGUGACACGCGGUGACUCAGCUCAGCUGGUGCUGCACGGCUAUGCAAAUGAAGUCCAGGCAGCCAGACAGUUAGUUACAUAUAAAAUCUCUCUGGUGCUGGAGCGGGUGGUGCCUGAGGUGUCCCUCCACCUCCUGUCCUUCCUGAGGGAGGAGUAUGGGAGGCCUGGGAACCUGAGCAGUCUGCUGGGGUUGGGACUCCAUGUGGAGGUAGAGUUGGGGGAUACAGAACUCUGUCUGUUCUCCCUCUCCUCUGGGAAACUGGACGAGGCUGAGAAGGAUCUGCUGGGGGAGUUUGGGGAGGAGAAGAUUGACGUGCCCAACGGUGCCCUCCUGGCUGAACUGAAAUCUAAGCUUGAGACGAAGGUGAAGGAGAUGAACCAGAGCAGAUGCAGGGUGGUAGCCAGGUAUGGUCCUGGGUGUAGAGUGCAGCUGCUGGGCCACAUGAAGGAGGUUCAGGAGCUGAGGGAGGAGAUUGGGGCCUUUCUGAUGGGCAGGUCCAGUGUAAGAGUCGUGAGACACCAUCAACAGAAUCAGGAUGGCGUAGUCAGUGAAGCAGGAACCGGAUCUAUACAGGAGGAGAUGGUCGCAGCCACCAGCUAUCGCCUCCGUCUGGGACUGCAGGUAGUUGUUUGUCAAGGUGACAUCACCAAGGAACAGGUGGAUGCGCUGGUGAACGCAGCCAAUGAGGACAUGGAUCAUGCUGAGGGCGUGGCUGCAGCUCUGAGCCGGGCGGGGGGGCCUGCGGUACAGCGGGCCAGCAGGGAUCUGGUUAGGCAGAUAGGGAGAGUGCCCACAGGUACAGUGGUAGAGACUACAGGGGGGAAUCUGCCUUGUAAGAUGCUGCUGCAUGCAGUGGGACCAGUAGGGGGCAGCGUAGGGGGGAAUGAGCGUCCUCUGCUGCAGAAGACAGUAAAGGCAGUCCUGGAUCUGGCAGAGACCAUGGAACUCCAGACCCUGGCCAUGCCCUGCAUCAGCUCGGGGAUAUUGGGCGUUCCUCUGAAGGUGUGUUCUGAGGCCAUAGUCUCUGCAGUGAGGGACUUUGGGAGGAAACAGCACAUCCUUACCAAGGUCACUCUGAUUGAUGUGAGUGGAGAGGCAGUGAGAGCCAUGCAGGAGGCCUGUGAUAGGCUAUUAGAGGGGAAGAGGGAGUUUCCUGGGUGGGAGGUAGAGUCCAGCACUACCACUACACAUGCUCCUCAGAGAGACACCACUGCUGCCUCCACCAGUGGACCAGUGGCUCCAGAGGUCUGUGUCCAGGUGGAGAUCAUCCAGGGAACCAUAGAGAAACAACAGGUGGAUGCCCUGGUGUCCCCCAUGGUUGGCAGUGACCCUCUCUCCUCCCGUGUUGGUAAUGCGUUGUUGGAGGCAGCUGGACCAGGAAUGAUGACAGCGUUUGUGAGGAAAUCAUGGGGACGGACUGCACCUGGUAACAACGUCCUGGUGGAGGGACUGUCUGGUCUCAGCUCUAGCCGUGUCUUCUUCCUCAGCUGUGCACGUUGGGACAACAACCCCCAAGGACCAGCAGUACAGGCUCUGAGGCAGGGUGUGAGGAAAAUUUUGACCUCUUGUGAGAACCAGGGCUUCGGUUCCGUUGCCUUCCCUUUAGUUGGAACUGGUGUGGUUCUCCAGUUCCCUGACAAUGUGGUAACACAAGUUCUGCUAGAAGAGAUCCGUAGGUAUGAGCAGAACCGAGCGAGCAGAACCCCCUUCCUUGUCCGCAUCAUUGUCCAUCCAAAUGACAGAGAUUCUACCAAGGCUUUUCAGACUGCCCAGAAUGCUUUGCAUCUCAGAGGGUUCGUAUUAGGCACUCGACCAGAGCAAGACAUCAGGAUUGUGCUGCUGGGGAAAACCGGAGGAGGUAAAAGCAGUGCUGGAAACACCAUCUUCGGACAAGAUGAUGUGUUCCUCGUAGACAGUUCCUCCAUCUCCGCAACACAGAAAUGUAAAGUUCAUACCAAGAACAUCAAAGGCAGAAACAUCACCCUGAUUGACACACCUGGAUUCUUUGACACUGACAUCCCUGAAGAGGAGCUGAAACCUAAAAUAGUUAAAUGUAUAACAGAAUGUGCUCCAGGGCCGCAUGCCUUUCUCAUUGUACUGAAAGUGGAACGGUACACAGUCCACGAGAACGAAGCCAUAGCGAAAAUCGAGACAUAUUUUUCACCAGAGGCCUUCAAAUAUGCUACAGUCCUCUUCACUCAUGGUGACCAGCUCAAUGGUUUGACCGUUGAGAAGUUUGUCCAACAGAAUGCUGAGCUGAACAAGCUUGUGGAGAAAUGUGGAGGCCGCUAUCACGUUAUCGACAACAAAUACUGGAACACCAAUCAGCAGGGUCAGUACAGCAACCAGUACCAAGUAGCAGACUUACUCAACACCAUAGAGAAGAUGGUGAGAGAUAACGGAGGAGCGUUCUACACCAACGAGAUGCUCCAAGAGGCAGAGAGAUUAAUACAAGAGAGUCUUAGUAAGGAGUUAAAAGGCCAGAUGUCAGAGGAAGAGAUGAGAAAACAAGCCAAGAAAAGAGCAAGGAAGAAACUUCUGAUCAAAUGGUCAGGGAUAGCAACAGGUGCAGUGGUAGGAGCUUUUCUUGGGGUGGCACUGGUGAUAGGGAUCCCACUUCCAUUCGCUACAAAACCACUGGUUAAUUUAGUCAAACGUCAGAUAGCAGCUUCAAUGACAAUAGGGCCAGCAGCCGUGACAAAGGCAGUACGACCAGUACUUGUAGCAAAGAACGGGGCGACCAUGAGAGCGGAUUCAAAGACCGGUGCAGGGGUAGGCAUAGCUGCAGGAGUUCUCGUUGGGAUGGCCGCAAUAGCAGGAGCAGUAAGAGGAGGGAUAGUAGGAGCUACUGCAGCAGAGGAGGCAGAGACAGUACAGGAGGCAGCAGAGAAAGCAGGCAAUGCUGUCUACCAUGAAGCUACGCGUCUUCAUGGCCAAGCAGGACACCUUCUGCUAAAGGACAGUAACUCUAAGUAGAUGAGAAAUUAUUAUUAUUAUAUAUAUAUUUUUUUACCUUUUAUUUAACUAGGCAAGUCAGUUAAGAGCAAAUUCUUAUUUUCAAUUACAGCCUAGGGGUGGAUUAACGACAGAUCUUUACCUUGUCAGUUCAGGGAUUCGAUCUACCAACUUUUCGGUUACUGGCCCAACACUCUAACCACUAGGCUACCUGCCGGCCCACUCAGCGAGCUGUACUAUGCCAUAAGCAAACAGGAAAUGCUCAUUCAGAGGCGGCGCUCCUAGUGAACAAUAGCUGCUUGUCCAACAUAUGUAGCUGCUUGUAUAUAUAUAUAUUUCAUAGUUUUGUAAAAAAUCGAGGGUACGGUAGCACAUAGGACUGUGGCAGUCAUGAAAUGUUGUCAGUCGGUUAUUGUCAUGCAAAAGACUGCUGGUCUCACUGUAAUUGACUAUUAAUUAACAUAAACACUGGCAGGGUAGCCUAGUGGUUAGAGCAUUGGACUAGUAACUGAAAGGUUGCAAGUUCGAAUCCCUGAGCUGACAAGGUACAAAUCUGUCGUUCUGCCCCUGAACAGGCAGUUAACCUACUGUUCCUAGGCCGUCAUUGAAAAUAAGAAUUCGUUCUUAACUGACUUGCCUAGUAAAAUUUAAAAAAAAAAUUGGAUGCCUCCACUCAUACCAGCUGCAUACAAGCCACUGAUGUGCACUUUUGGAACGUCUACAUUUAAAAUGCGCAUAUAAAGUGGCUAUGUUGAGCGUAAAAGUGAUCAUUUGAAGCAGGUCCUAAAGAGUUAUAUUGUACAAACCUUAAAAAUCAAAACAUGGGCUGCAUGAUGCGACUAUAGGCUAUUGAUGAUUUGAGAAAGUCGCAAAAAAACUUGGCGCUCCGGUCCUUGCCUGUGGCUGCACAAGCUGUUCUCUCAUCGAGUGAUCAUAUUUUUAUUUAGUAUUAUUUUUUUCGCCCACAGUUUAAUCUUGCCUUUACUAAUAUGUCAAAUUAAUUUAAAUUUAGAAUGGGCCAUUAUCAAAUGGGCAGGAACAGAGGCGGGGGAAGUAUGUCAUCAGUAUGCACUCGAAUAGCGAAUAGAAGCCGCUUUUUAAUUUUUUUAACUAAUGAGGUAGGCUACUCGGUUUUUUCACCCCACACAUCAACCACUAAACAGUCGAGCUGCGCGACAGGUGAUAUUCCGCCCAAACUCUGUAUGCUAUGGGCUCUCCAACCCGGUUCCUGCAGCUAACAAGUGCUUAAUUUGGCUAACCAAGUUAAAUCUGUUCGGAAAAUGUAAAGUAACAUGUUUUAACAACUAAAUAAUAAUUCAUUAAACUGUUGACAGCCCCUCUCUCAGCGUGCUCCAAUAAGGAAUGAAGGCGAGAUAGAGAUAGAAAUGCACGGUGGUGAGCUAGUCUGUAGCUAAAUUUAAUGUGUCAGCCUAUAAGUUAUUUUAAGAAAAACUAUUACUAGGCUAUUCAAAAUCAAGUACAAAUGAUUUAUAAUUGUUGGCUAACUGAAUUUGAAUAGGAUAGACCAAUUAUGUACCAUAGACAUCAUAAAAUCAGUUUUUUUUAAAUGUUUUUUUGACAUGCAUACCAUGUGGUAGGCUAUGUGUUGUAUAAUGGCACAAUCAUUAUUUAAAUGCAGGUUUUUUUUCGGGCUUGGCCUCAUAUAUAUGAAUAUUGUGUAUGCAUAAGCACUUAUGUGUGUUUUUGAAUUAAUCAUCACCUUAGCGCUGUCCAUUUCAUUGUGUUAGGCUUUGAAGCGACAUCCACAUCCAUGUUUUCCACUCAGUUUCAACUGAGCUGUCUCCAACUCAGUUGAACCUCUUUCUUCAAACUGAUAAAUCAAAUCACAUUUAUUUGUCACAUACACAUGGUUAGCAGAUGUUAAUCCGAGUGUAGCGAAAUGCUUGUGCUUCUAGUUCCGACAAUGCAGUAAUAUCUAACAAGUAAUCUAACCUAACAAUCACAGUGAGAUGAGUUUUAAAAGCACAUACUGUUUUGAUGAUGUGUUUGAUGUGAUUUUCGAUUGCAUUUGCAUUGAUUUCAGAGUGGUUAGAGGGACAAUAGAGCAAUCUGAUGCCCGCUAGCGAGUUGUGUACUACCUGACUGCACAAAGGGAGAUUACCGUGACUCUAAAGUCACAUGGCAUUUUACUGCGUUCAUGACUCAUGACAGCCAGUGUGGCGGUAAUAUAGUCACCGCAACAGCCCUAGAAAAUGAUUAUAUAUUUUUUCUGGGCCAUGACCAUCCAUAGGUUUAUGGUUCACACACCCAAAUUAUUAUUUUUUUUAUUUUUUAUUUCACCUUUAUUUAACCAGGUAGGUCAGUUGAGAACACGUUCUCAUUUACAACUGCGACCUGGCAAAGAUAAAGCAAAGCAGUGCGACACAAACAACAACACAGAGUUACACUGUUACGUUCCCCAGAUUAUGUGUUGUAGUUUGUGUAUUUGCAUGUGUUUAUUUCAGGAAAUGGCUUCCUGAAAUCCCUCAAGCAGCUGAUUGGUCGACUCCAGGGCUAAUUGUCAAGACACAGCUGUCUCCAAUUACCCAUUCCUUCAGAAGCUAUAUAAAAGCCAGUGUUCUGUUCAGGAGGGAGAGAUUUUGCUGGGAGGUCAUUGCUGAGAGAGAUUUGGCUAGAGGUUGAUUUUUCUGGGAGGUCAUUGCUGAGAGAGAUUUGGCUAGAGGUUGAUUUUUCUGGGAGGUCAUUGCAGAGCGAUUUGCUGGGAGGUCAUUGCAGAGCGAUUGUUUGUGAUAGAGUUUUUGCUGGAGGUUGAUCUUGCUGGGAAGUUGGUAUGUUUUGUGAGUUUGUUGCUCAGAUGGAGUUUAUUUGAUGUCCUUUGUUUCUUAGUUUGUUUGUGAAAUUGUUUAAUAUUCUGUUUCAUUUGUUCCCAGGGGGAAAGGGGAAGGCACCUUGGGAGUGUUUAGGCAAGAGGCCUGCGGGCAUACAUAUACCCGUAGUCUAUUCAUUGUCUAGGCACACUAGACCUGGGCGGACCACCCCCUGUAUUUUGGUUAGGGCACCAGGUGGUGCUAAAUUAGGUAAGUAUUGGUUAGGCAGGUAAGAUAGGAGAGGGGGCUUUGAGAUUUACUUUCUUUGCUUUGGUUCCAUCCAGCCCCUUUUCCCCAUAUUACCGUGUAAAGGAAUAAAGUCCUUGUAAACGGUACCACAUUCUGCCUGUUGUCAUUCUUACUUGCACCUACAGUCCAUACCUUUUUCACUUCACGGAGAGUUUAGUUGUAGCAGGGUGUUGCGUUCCCUCUUCAUAGAGGCGUGCGUAACAUACACAUGGAAUAAACAAACGUACAGUCAAUAACACAAUAGGAAAAAAAUAUAUUAGUGUGCAAAUGAGGUAGGAUUAGGGUGGUAAGGCCCAAGUGGAGAAGUAAUUACAAUUUAGCAAUGAAACAUUGGAGUGGUAGAUGUGCAGAAGAUGAAUGUGCAAGUAGAGUUUCUGGGGUGCAAAGGAGCAUAAAUAAAAAAUAACAAUAUGAGGUAGUUGGAUGGGCUAUUUACAGAUGGGCUGUGUACAGGUGCAGUGAUCUGUGAGCUGCUCUGACAGCUGAUGCUUAAUGCUAGUGAGGGAGGUAUGAGGUUUCAGUGAAUUUUGUAUUUCAUUCCAGUCAUUGGCAGCAGAGAACUGGAAGGAAAGGUGGCCAAAGUAGGAAUAGGCUUUGGGGGUGACUAUUGGUGGGUGCUGCUAUGGUGACCAGUGAGCUGAGAUAAGGCUGGGCUAUACCUAGCAAAUAUUUAUAGAUUAGGAAUUAGGAUUAUGGACACAUGGAUUUUUUACUCUUUUACUUCAUUGAAAUUAUUACAUCAAAGCAAUAAAAUAUGACCCAAUCAUUGGACACAGAGAGUAAAUGUUCUUAACAUUGCUUUUAAUUUGCAGUAAUGUAUUUUCUGUAAAGCAUGCAUAUUUCAAUUUGAUAUAUUAGAGAGAAUACAGUUGAACGCAAACCGUCUAAAGUGAUUGAUGACCUAUUUUGUGUCACGUGGUUAUGCCCAUAUGUGUACAUCCAGUUCUCACGCUAUCGAGUGAAUGCUUAUGUAACCUGAUAGUGCAUCUGUUUAGGGUAAAGCAUGUUGUCAAUUACAGUAUAUUUGAUCAUAUGUUUGCUCAUUUUCAUGUUGUAAAUUACAGUAAUUAUGUUUUAUUAAACAUUAAUCACUAACAUUAAAUUAUGGUCAUGACAUGUUUGAGAAGUAUUGAGAACUUACAUUAAAUUAGUUGUAUUUUUUGUUAUAUUUGUAUAGGUUUUUUCGUAAGUAAUAAUUCAUGGGUAUUAAUAAUUAUGGUUGUUGACUGUUUGUUGCAGAUUUGGUCAAUCCAAAAACUAACACAUGCAUUACAUAAUUAUUUUCUAGAAAUUAUAGGUGUAAUUAAACAGUUUAAGUGUAUUUAAAAUUGUAAAAGUGUAUGUCAUACCAAUGAAAUCUCAUUCCACAUG